AUGAAGAAAUCUAUAUUCUCAAUAUUGAUAUUUAUGGUCGUACUACUAUUAUUUGCAGGGUGUGCAGCUGCCAUAGUGCGUUGUGGUAAUUGUGGCCGCAUUCCAGUGCCUUACCCGCUUAGCACUGGGCCUAAUUGCGGUGAUCAAGCGUAUAAGAUUAGGUGCACGGCAGGGGAACUCUGGUUUGAUGCUCUGAAAGGAUCUUACAUGAUCAUAUCCAUCAACCCCUUGACCCAGCGGAUAAUUCUUCGCCCCCCAAGUCUUUCUGCUAACACUUGCAUUUCAAGCGAUAUCAGCACACAAGGAAUCCAGCUUGAUGAUAAUCUUCCCUUCAACAUCACUAGUAGUAAUACCUUUUUGUUGCUUAACUGUACGGACGCAAUGUUGCACUUGCAAGCACCCAUAAAUUGUACAUCAACAAGCAUAUGUCACAACUACAUCAAGGAUAAUGCAGUCGCAUGCAUGAGGACUCCAUUGUGUUGUAUGUUCAAAACUGGUGGAUCACAUACUGCAUAUAUAGUGAGGGUCCAUGAUGGAGGUUGUCUAGCAUAUCAGAGCUUUGUGAACUUUGACACUGUCAAUCCUCCAAAGAAAUGGCCUCAGCCUGGUUUGGAGAUAGAGUGGGCAAUGCCACAGGAACCGGUUUGCAAGACACCAAUAGAUUGCAAGAACUUGAUGCAUUCGAGGUGCUUGGAUGAUCUUAUGAAUAUGGGAUCAAUGAGGUGCUUGUGCAACAAAGGGUUUUGGUGGGAUCCUAUCAACGGAUUAUGUCAAAGUGCAAGAUGCCGACCAGGGAAACGGUGCAUAAACCAAAAGAAGCAGACAGUGCUAAUUUGUGGCAUGGCAGUUGCACUAGGAGGAGUUUCACUUGCUAUAAUGAUUGGAAUUCUAGUGUACAAACAACGUCAGCGCGUAAAAAAAGAAUUGCAGAAGAAUCUAAUUAAGGAGAGGGAAGAAAUGCUAAAUGCCAAAAACAACGGCAAAUCAGCCAGGGUCUUCACUGGCAAAGAAAUAACAAGAGCAACCAAUAACUUCUCUCCAGCAAACCUCAUAGGAUCCGGAGGUUUUGGUGAGGUCUUCAAGGGCAUUCUUGAUGAUGGAACUAUAACAGCCAUCAAACGUGCAAAGCUUGGGAACACUAAAGGAACUGAUCAAGUCCUCAAUGAGGUUCGAAUUCUUUGCCAGGUGAAUCAUAGAUGCCUGGUAAGACUCCUUGGUUGUUCUGUUGAGCUUGACCAACCUGUCAUGAUAUACGAGUUCAUACCCAAUGGAACCUUGUUUGAUCACCUCCAUUGUCAUCUUUCUGGUAAAUAUGCUCCCCUCACGUGGCGAUGUAGGCUCCGCAUUGCUCACCAGACUGCAGAAGGUCUUGCUUAUCUCCACUUUGCAGCAGUGCCUCCCAUUUACCAUCGUGAUGUGAAAUCAAGUAACAUUUUACUUGAUGAAAAACUUAAUGCCAAAGUUUCGGACUUUGGGCUGUCCAGGCUAGUUGAGAGAACAGAAGCCGGUGAUAGUCACAUCAAUACCUCUGCUCAAGGUACCCUUGGAUAUCUUGACCCAGAAUAUUAUCGUAGCUUUCAGCUUACUGAUAAAAGUGACGUUUAUAGCUUUGGGGUUGUGCUUCUUGAGCUCUUGACUUCUAAGAAGGUUACAGAUUUUAACAGAGAAGACGAGAACGUGAAUUUGGUGGUUUACAUGAAAAAUAUAAUGGAUGAAGAGAGACUAAUGGAUGUAGUUGAUCCAGUGAUCAAAGAAGGAGCUACAAAGUUAGAACUGGAAACAAUUGAAGCAUUGGGGCUACUUGCAGCAUCAUGUUUGGAUGAAAAGAGACACAACCGACCUUCCAUGAAGGAAGUUGCUGAUGAGAUUGAAUAUAUUAUGAGCAUUGCCACCGGUGAGGUUUCUCAGAUGUAA